AUGCGGACACUGUGGAAAGCACUAGUGCUAAGUGGCGACUACAAGACGGUCUCUCACAAGGCCCUCCGCGGCGAGUGUAAGCAGCCGCUGGCAGAACACCACGGCGUGGGGCCCAUCGUCGUCGAGUCGGUCAACGGCUGCGUGCAGCUCCUGUGCCGGUGACGCGGCGACACAGUGGUGGAGCCGGAGGUGACGGUGCUUGGCGUGGUGGUACUGGCCUGCGCGAAGCUGGGUAUGGUUGCUGGCGACUCCUCGCCUGCCCCUGACACGACGCUGGCGGACGUGCACGACCCAUGCCGGCACGACGACAGCUUCCUCUACGCUGUCUGUAAGGGUGAGGCGUCGAUGGGGACACCCCAGAUCUAGUGCGUGAGCAGCACCCGCGAGUAUCUGCAGGGCACCCUGAACAACCUCGACCUCAUAGCCGGCCUCUUCUGA